CAGUCCCUACUUUCCAAAAAUCAGACUCUUUUGUGGAACUCUUUUAAUUUUAUAAAUUAAAAAAUGUAGAGAUUUACAAUUUUUUUUUUUUUUUUUAGGCAAGAAGUGAUGUUAAAUUAAUAUAUAUAAAGAGACGAUACUUUCAGAUUCACGGGAGAUAUUAAUUCACUUUGUCGACACAAUUACAUAAAAAAAAAAAAAAAAAAAAAAAUUGAAAUCCAAGAAGACACAAUAUUGUGUCUUGUUUUUUCAGAAAGUACAAUUAUAUAUAUAUAUUGAAAGUAUGAAGUCAGCACUACCUACUCUACCAUUAAUCACAUUUGAAAACGAGUAAUCCAAAUAAAUAUUUUACAAAAUGUUAUUUUUUUUAUUUCUAUUUCUUCUAGAAACCUAAUUUUAAAUCUCUAGUCAAAAUAAUAACAUAAAAAUAAUGAUUUACCCAUCAAUCACUGCCCCAUUAGAUUUAUUUAUAUAUUUCUAUUUUCCACUAUUGGCUCAUUAGAUUACAUCACUAAAAAGCUUGAUAGGCCAUAUAAAAAAUUCAACUGGAAGUGAUGAUGAUGAUCUUAGAAUUAGAGAAGAAAAAGAUGGAGGAAACUAGGAAGAAGCAGUUGAUGAUGUCACUGAUGAUAUCCUCCAUUUUCAUCUCUAUUUUCUUCCCAUUUGGAAAUGCAGCAAACUUUGUCCUAAUUCAUGGGUCUUGCCAUGGUGGCUGGUCUUGGUACAAGCUUGUUGCACUUAUAAGAUCAUCGUCAUCAGCAACAGGAGGAGACCACCACCACAAGGUCACAGCCCUUGAUUUGGCGGCGUCCGGGAUUGACCCGAAACAGGUGGAUGAUAUCCCAUCAAUUUCUGAUUACUUUAAGCCCCUCAGGGACUUCAUGGUUGCUCUUCCUCUGCAUGAGAGAGUGAUCAUGGUAGGACAUAGCUUCGGUGGUUUGGCUAUUUCUCAAGCCAUGGAGACUUUUCCUCACAAAAUUUCGGUGGCCGUGUUUGUCGCUGCCUUGAUGCCUGGGCCCACUCUCAACAUUUCUACCCUCAAUCAAGAGGUACAGUCAUUCAGGAGACAAACUUCUCUACUAGAUAGCCAUUACACGUAUGGCAACGGAAAAAACAACCCUCCAAAAGCUUUCAUUUUUGGUCCUCAAUACCUAGCAGCAGAUGUUUAUCAACUCAGCCCAACUGAGGAUUUGGGUUUGGCAACUAUACUGAUGAGACCGCUACGUUUGUACACUGAAGAGGACAUGUCAAAGGAGCUCCGAUUAUCGAGUAAGAAGUAUGGGUCGGUUAGGCGAGUGUUCAUCUUGUCCGAUAAAGAUAGGGUGGGAAAGAAGGAUUUUCAACGGUGGAUGAUAAAGAAAAAUCCUCCCGAUGAAGUGAAAGAGGUCGCUUGUUCCGAUCAUAUGGUCAUGAUGUCUAAGCCAGCUGAGCUUUGGGCUCUUCUUCAGGACAUUGCAGAAAAGUAUUCUUGAUUAUUAACAUAGUGUUUGAUUCUUACGGAUAAAUAAAUCUUGUAAUACAAACUCUUUGAUUUCGAAAUCAAUACAUGGGAAGAAAUAGCAAUCGAUCUGUAAUUAAAGAUUAUUGUAAUCAAAAGUUCAAAA